AUGAAGCACCUCGCAGCUUAUCUUCUCCUCGGCCUCGGUGGCAACACCUCCCCCUCUGCUAGCGAUGUUAAGGACGUUCUUUCUUCUGUUGGUAUCGACGCUGAUGAAGAGCGCUUGGACAAGUUGAUCUCUGAGCUUGAGGGCAAGGACCUUCAGGAGUUGAUCACCGAGGGUACGACUAAGCUCGCUUCCGUGCCGUCCGGUGGCGCUGGCGGCGCUGCUCCUGCUGCUGCUGCCGGUGGUGCUGGUGGUGACGCUGGCGCUGCUCCAAAGGAGGAAGAGAAGAAGGAAGAGGAAGAAGAGUCCGAUGAAGACAUGGGCUUCGGUCUCUUUGACUAG